CGCGCGACUGGCGCCAGCGUCCUUCAGUCAGAGUUAUUCCUCACAGACCGCACGUUUGCGAGCUGUUGCUGUUACAGCCUUGACGCGGGAUACAACUUAUGGGGAUCGGCCGACAGCUCUCUCUGCAUGCACCUGCGACUGCAGCGACUAAGACCCUCAAAGAGGACAAUGGGCCCGCGCUCCGGUCGAAUAGCAGUCACUACCUCCGCAAGCGUCAGGCCAUGAGGGCCCCACUGCUCCCGGUGAGGGGCAUGAGCAUGGCUAAAGGCAGCGAGACCGCUUACGCUAUGUUACAGGACACUACCUCCGCUUCAAACGCAAAGCCUCGUCGCAAACAGGCUCGAAAGUUGCCGUCGGACAAGCUGCCGACGGAGGCUGCUGCAUUAAAGCGUCGCAUUUGGGACUCGCAUCCGGACUCGUUUUACAAGUUUCGCUUGGAUAAGAUGAAGCGCGUGGUGAUUCCACCAGUGGAGAUCCCGCCGCCGUUGUCGGAUCCGACGUUGUUCACUUACACAGUCUCCGGAAAGACCGCCCCCAUGACCCGACUCAUGUGGCAACAGCAUCGAGAUCUUCUUAAGGCAAAGCGUCUACCGAGUCGCAUCCGAGAAGGUAUCGCCUACUAGUGACGACUGUCGGCGGACCUGUUGCGAACUGCUAAGUGAAUAAAUAAGUACAGUGUAUCCAUCCACACCUCGUCGCUUUGUUCGAUGACUGUACCCCAA